AUGCGCAGCGGCUUCCAGGCUGCUGGCCGCUUUCAAGAGGCUGCUGCGCUGAAUGGCCGCAGCGACGAACAACAAAGCCAACCGCCCCACCAGCCUGCUGCUUCCGCCCUAUCCCCCAGCCACAAUUGGACACCAUGGGCCUGGCCGACUCAAACAGCAUCAUGGAAUAA